AUGCCUCCAAGAAAGAAGACCAGAAGCAACAACAUGACUUCCCAGGAUGGGCCAAGCCAUGCUGACUCAGAAUCAAGGCAACAUGCCUCUUAUAGAGAAGAAGAACGUGCAAGUGAUGGAACUUUUACCCUCACAGACCUUGUUGCAGCCAUUCAUGCUAUGGGUGAGACCCAGAGGGAGAUGGCAGAGAUGAUAAAAGAACUCAAAAAUUCGGCUCAAAAGCCAAGUGAAGAAAAUGAGAAACACCCACAAGAGGAAUCUGCUGCUGCUGGAAAGGAGUCUGAACAAAAAGGACCAUCUUUUGCCACUCAAGAGGACGUUGUUGCCAUGUUGGAAAAGGAGCUGAGUCGUAGUCAAGAAGAUUGGAAGUUUCUUCCUCAGCCACCGUACCUAGCAAGCUUGCUCCAGCACCAUAUCUUAAAGGCUAUGAAGCACCAACUUUUGUCCUCUUUGACGGAAGGAAGGGGAGCCCGAAGGAGCAUGUCAAUCGCUUCAUUGAUGCCUUCGGACCAUAUGCCGGUGAUCAUAAUCUCCAACUUAGAGAAUUUUCAAAGAGUCUCACCGAUCGCGCUUACACAUGAACGAGUCACCACCACUCAACUCAACAACACUCGGCAAAAGCAUGGUGAGGAUCCCGUGGACUUUGUGCGUAGGUUCCGGGACCUGGCAUUGGAUUGCUACAAUGAGAAGGAUGAGGAGGCGCUUGUUGAAAUCUGCAUCAGUAAUAUCGUGGUAGAUUAUAGAGUUUAUUUGGAGAAUAUCGGCAUUAGUCAAUUUUCUCGGCUGCUGGAAGCUGUGAGGAAGACAAGCAUGUCCGUCAAGCCAACGGGACAAAAGACUUGGAGGAAUGAGAAGAAAAAAAUGCAUCAGACAUUAGCAAUAGAUGACAAGCCAUCCAACGAAUACAAUUUGCGCAAACGGAAGGAUAUGGAGAUGUAUCCGCCACUACCAUGCAAAGAUGAAGAAUUUCAUGCUAUCCUUGACACAAUGAUUGCUGAUGGCGCAAUCAAACCUGUCAGACCCUACAAAAUUCCUACCCGAGAGAAAAGAAUGAUCCUAGGAUUCCUUGAACUUCCCUCUAGGAAGCAAACAAUUGAUGAAGACCCCUUGCCAAAACGAAGGGGAAAGGAGGUAGCUACUGUCAUCACAUGUUCCGAUGAUUUGCUCGAUGAUGGUGAAUUGUGCCACCCCUGGAGAAAUGACCCAAAGUCGCUGGAAGCUAUGUGGGAACCUUGCGGAAACAUGGAGAAGGCAUAUUGGUGUAAAUAUUCGAGGCCUUCAAUUUACAACACACCAUGGCCGCUCGCUGAUGGAUGGGGUAACAACUCAGGCAGCGAAGUUUUUUUAGACAUGCCGGAAGAAUGCAACUCGAGGGCUUCAUCGGGUCAGCAGGAAAUAGCUGCUGUGACAUUCCAUAAUCUUACAGAAGCUGAAACAAGCGUGAUGGAGCGUUAUUUAAGUCUGAAACAAGGGCCCACAGCUUCGCAGGUCCUUCAAAGGAACCCGAAGUUUAAAUCACUCUUUGAUCAACUUGGCUUCGGGCCUCAAGCAAGAGAAGCAGCUGCAGUAGCUCUUAUGAAUAUCUCUGCGGAGUCUAACCCUCGUUGCUUUACCGCUCAACCACAAAGGCCAUUUUUGGGAAAUGACAAUGCUAUUGUCUUCACGGACGAAGACAUGGAGGUUCCAUACCCGGACCAUAGGAGGCCGCUUUAUUUGGAGGGUCAAAUCAAUGAUGUGUUUAUAAGAAGAGCUUUGGUAGACACGGGUUCCUCGGUCAACAUAUUACCUCUGUCUGUGCUUACGGCAGUUGGUAUCCCAUUAUCCAAAAUUGUCCAAUCACAAACAAGUAUCAGCGGUUUCGGGAAUAAGAGUGAGGUCACAAUCGGGCAUGUGCAAGUAAAUUUGAAGGUUGGGCCGAUCCGGUCACUUACCAAGUUCUAUGUCAUAGAUGUGGAUGUGGCUUACCAUGCUUUGCUAGGAAGGCCAUGGCUCAACGACCAUAAACUUGUGGUCUCUACUUAUCAUCAAUGCGUAAAGGGAAGGAUUGGGUUGAGGCCACUACGCAUACCUGGAAAUCAAGCACCGUUCAACAAAGAUGAAGCUCACUACUCCGAGGCAGAAUUCUACACUGAAUGCACAGGUGCUGGAAGCAACCCAUCCAAGGAUUUCGGGACCUACCUUCCUUCGUGGACUGAGAUUCGUGAUUUAAGCAAUGAGGAGCUCAUUACCAUUGUCGAUCGAGAGAGGAAGAGGCACUCGGAGGUCAAUAAUCAUGCCUAUGAUUAUCCCCCAUGCUCGAAGUAUGGAGGAGAAGUAAUGCAAGCAAACAACCGUAAGGGUCCCAAUGACAAGGCACCCAUGCCUUGUGUUUUCCAAGAGCCGAUGACAGCACCUAGACACAUGCAAGAUGGAUCGACAGCAGUAGCUGAGCAGUUGGAAACAAUUGAUUUGAGUGAGGAUCCCUCUGCCCCAAGGCCCAUCUCCAUCAGCGUUCAUUUAACAGAUAAAGAGAAGAAGGCCAUGGUAUUUUUGCUAAAGGAAUUCCGAGAUGUGUUCGCUUGGAGCUACGAGGAAAUGCCUGGCUUAAACCCAAACUUGCCAAGGAGGAAUUUCCAUCCCGAAAUUGAAAAGCAAAUCAAGGUGGAGAUCGAAAAGCUGCUGGCUGCUGGAUUCAUCAAGCCAAUCAAGCAUCCAACAUGGUUAGCAAAUAUUGUUCCUGUGAAGAAGAAGACCGGAGUAAUUAGAGUAUGCACGGACUAUCGAGACCUGAACCGAGCUUGCCCAAAGGAUGAAUUCAUGCUGCCUAAUAUGGAUAUCUUGAUCGAUUCAACCUCGGGUCAAGGCUUGUUGUCAUUCAUGGAUGGGUUUAGUGGCUAUAAUUAG